AUGACGAGCAGUGCACGGAAGCUUACGGAGCUGAGCGCUGCCGUUACCAGCUGCCACGCAGUUGGGCACACAACGCCGCUGAACGCGGCCGGACUCGAUAAGAAGCUGGAGUUCAGGUCUUACUCGGGGGUGAAGACGUCUUGGGUAACGAUGCACUUAGUGCUCCUGCAAGAGCCCAAAGUCAAAACAGAGUACAGAGGGAUUUUCAGCAUCCCAAGAGGAUUUCAGGAACAACGAAAAACACAGCGAAAAUUCCUUACUUUUGCAGUUUAUACUAUCAACUUGGAAUCUCGUUAUUUACUAAUACAAGGAGUUCCUGCAUUAGGUGUUAUGAAGGAAUUAGUUGAACAAUUUGCAUUAUAUGGUGCCAUUGAAGAGUAUCAUGCUCUAGAUGAAUAUCCAGCAGAGCAAUUUACUGAAGUUUAUCUUAUAAAAUUCCAAAAACUGCAAUGUGCAAGGGUGGCCAAGAAAAAAAUGGAUGAACGAAGUUUCUUUGGUAGUUUGCUGCAUGUGUGCUAUGCUCCAGAAUUUGAAACAGUCCAAGAAACUAGGGAGAAGUUGCAAGAUAGAAGAAAGUAUAUAGCAAAAACAACAAAUCAAAGAGAUUGCUUUGUAUUAAAGAAAGUGGAGGGGCCUAAGAAGACAGUCUUGAAGAACUCCGAGCAUGACCAUCCACAGACUACAUCAGGAUCGUGUGCACCCAGUAACUGGGAUCCAUCCUGCUUUACAAGUUCUCACGGGUUAUCCCACAACAUAGGGUAUCCAUCUGGGAAUCAGAGCCGGUUGACAUUUCCCCAGUAUGACAAUUGUGCUGAAACUUCUGAGUACGUUGGUCAAAACGCAUCCCUAACUCUAAAUGUCCAUCCAGGAGGACAUACUCCACCAACUCCAUUAACGCAGCAAAGAACAGUUCCGAUUGAUAACGGAGUUGAUAGGUUUAUGCCCCGUACAACUCGCCUUCAAGAACGUAAGAGGAAGAGAGAAGAAGGUAACAAGUUUUCCCUCAUUGGAACAAAUGCAGACAAUACUGAAGUCAUUAUUGGUCCGCAGCUACCAGAAAUACCUAAAGUAGAUAUGGAUGAUGAUUCAUUGAAUACUUCGGCUACAUUAAUUAGAAAUAAACUGAAAGAGGUAGCAGAUUCUGUUUCAAGAACACCUGUGGAAAAGCCAGAGAGUAGCUCAGCCAAACCACUUGUAAAGCAGAGAAGAAGAAUAUAG